CCGACCCCUAACAAAAGUGACGUUUUUUAUUUGGUUCUUGUUGGGAAAACGCAGCUAAUUUUUUCUUACAAAAUUCUCCCCUAAAAACAGAAAUUAAUAAAGCAAAUCACGCGAAAUUCUUUAUUUUCUAACCAAAUUCAAUAAAUUUCAAGCAAUACUCCCCAAUUGAAAGAAAAAUUUUCCGAAAUUUCCAAUCGAAAAGUAAACAAAAAAAUUGUCAUCAGCAGACACAGCAACCUACUUCUCACACAAACGCUGCAAGCAGCGCUGCAGUCACACACAAACCGAGCAACAAAAAAAUUGUGCGACGUAACAACUGAACUGAACGGCAGCAAGCGAGCGAGCAAAAACAAAAAAAAAAAAAGAAGUGCAAGCUAAGUAAAUUCUCGUCAGUCAGUCCAGAAGACAACCAGAACGUUCAGAACGUAAACAUGGCAGGUUCAGCACUGAGAAGACUUAUGGCAGAAUAUAAACAAUUGACUUUGGACCCACCGGAUGGUAUUGUGGCUGGCCCAGUUAGUGAAGAUAAUUUCUUUGAAUGGGAGGCGUUAAUAGCUGGCCCCGAAGGAACAUGCUUUGAAGGUGGCGUGUUUCCUGCCCGCUUGGUGUUCCCACCAGACUAUCCCCUGAGUCCGCCAAAAAUGAAAUUCACCUGUGAAAUGUUUCAUCCGAACAUAUUUGCUGAUGGUCGCGUUUGUAUAUCAAUAUUACAUGCCCCAGGUGAUGAUCCCAUGGGUUAUGAAUCAUCUGCUGAACGUUGGAGUCCCGUACAAAGUGUUGAGAAAAUUUUACUGAGUGUUGUUUCGAUGUUAGCGGAACCGAAUGACGAGUCUGGAGCCAAUGUUGAUGCUGCCAUAAUGUGGCGUGAAAAACGCGAAGAAUUCAAUCAAAUAGCUAAACGUUUGGUACGCAAAACACUGGGUUUGCCAUCAUAAAUGUGUAAAUGUAUAUGUGUUUUUAGCAAUACAAUGUAAUAAUUUUUAGGAAGAAAAAAAAUUAAAAAAGCAUACACAAUAAUCUAGAAGAAAAUCAUUGGUUUAGAUAUUUUAAAAACAAACAAAAAACGAAAAACAAACUACAACAAGUUAUGUAUUUACGAUUAGUUUUUGGUCCCAUUAUGGGCCUUGGAAUGAUAAAAUCACCUUCUGUAAUAAAAUAAAAUGAAAUUUUUAUGUUUUAAACUUCAAA